UGGGGAAGGAGUCCCCAGCACGGGGAAGGAGCUCGCAGAGGGUUUUGGUGCCCACAGGGAACGGUGCCAAGUGGGGCAAAAGCAGCUGCAGGUCGGGACAGGCAGAAGGAGCCUCGGAGCUGCGCAGUCCUGGGCAGCCCUUCCUGCAGCACGCAAAUAAAUCUGUGCCGAAUCUUCCCUCCCCAAACACUUUCUGCCCGUCUUCACAACCUCCUUCCUUGGCAAGCAGCAAACUUUUGGCCUCUGGGAAGCUGCGGUGAACUGCAAGUACCGACCUGCAAGUACCGAAAUCAGGCCAGGCUGAUUCCCGAGCUGAGCUCCCGGCCCGAGCUGCGCAUCCCGGCCGAGCCGCCCCAGAGCAGGACCGGCUGCGGUGACGCGCUCCCCUAAUUACCGUGUGCGAGGCCCCGCUGUCAGCCAGCAGCUAUGCGGCAGAACAGGAUGUCGGAUUAAGGAGUCUCCGGCCAAAGCCGUGCCCGGGACAGCAGGGGACAGCAGGGAAGUCAGCGAGCUGGGUGGCACCGAGCGGAGCCGCCCGCAGCUCCCGGGCGCUGCCAGCUCACGCCCAGCGCUCCGGGGCACGGCACGGACGGGUUCUGGGGGCUCGGCCACGCCGGGAUCCAGGCUGAAACAGCAGGAAAAGUGCCUGGCAGGGCUGCGGGAUGAAUUGCACUCGGCUUGGCCGCAGCCGGGAUCUUCCCGCCGUGCCAGCCUCCAGGGCAGCCCAGGCUAUGCCCAGGAAGGAGCUGGGGAUGGCUGGCUGCAACUCUGGCAGCUGUGACAGCAUGGUCAGCACGGCCUCCAACCACUCCCAGCGGAGUGACAACAGCUAUGACUAUUUAUCUGUGGAAGAGAAGGAGUGUUUGAUGUUCCUGGAGGAAACCAUUGGCUCCCUGGAUGCAGAGGGAGACAGUGGAGUGUCCACGGAUGACACCGACUACGGGGAGCCCUCCAAGCCCAGGAGAGGCCCUGCGCCCCGGGAUUUGGGGAACAGGACUCCCCCUGCAAGCCGAGAUCAGCAGCGUGGGGCUGAACAGAGGAGUGGUAAAAGCAUCUCUGCCCCGUCCAGCUCAGCCCCAGCAGCUGCUCCAGGCCCAGGUUAUUCCAGCCUUCCCAGGAGCAUCCCUGCAGCAAAUGGAGCUUCUGGCAGCAAAGGAGGUGUCCACACGGCGCCAGCAGGAAAACCUGCCCAGGAGGUGCCCAAGGAGGGCAGGCUGGACCAAGCCAGAGCAGGAAGCCACACCAAGUCCGUGAUUAUCCAACCUCCAGACCCCUUCCAGGAUGACCUGGAGUGGUCACGCAGCCAGCGCUCAGAUGCCAAGGGGGAGGCGGCCAAGGAGACCAAGACUGGGACUUUGUGGGGCCACUCAGAGAAAUCCACACUGGAAGAGGCCCCUCAGGACCCCGAUGCCAAGCAUGGGCCUCCAACCGCCCCCAAACCAAGGAAAUUGCCACCGAACAUCAUCCUGAAAACCAGCAGGAACAGCCCCGUGCCGGAGCACAACCAGAAGGUAAAAGCAGCACCUCCACCCUCAGCCACCGCCCAGCCCAGCCCUGCCAGCGACAGCACUGCUGAGAAGGGGAGUUCAGGCCACCUGGACCCCAAGGAGAAGGAGAAAGCCCGACGGGAGGCCCUGGAGAAGCUGGGACUGCCCCAGGACAGGAGGGAGCCCAGCGCCCACCUCCAUCCCCACCCCAGGGAGACACCGCUCCCCAUCCCUGGGCAGCCUGCGGAGGGCUCCGUGCCGGGGAUCCGGCAGAUGCCCUUCAAAUCCAACACCCUGGAGCGCUCCGGGGUGGGGCUGGGCAGCUCCAUGGGCAGCGCCAAGGAGCAGAACGGCCGCAGCAGCAGCAGCUCCCUGGGCAAGAUGUCCUUCAUCGAGCGCCUGGCCCCCAGCUUCCUCCGCAGCCGCCCCCGGCCCGCCUCCCUCGGGGCAGGGAAGGACUUUGGCGGCCUGAAGGAGCAGGAGGAGAAGGACAAGAGCAGCAAGAGGAGAUCCCACCCUCUGCCCAGCUUCCCCAGGCCGCCGCGCUCCGCCGUCAGCGUGAAGAUCUCGCCCAAGGGCGCGGCCGACGAGAACCGGCGCGAGGCGCUCAAGAAGUUGGGGCUGCUGAAGGAAUAGCUGGUGGGGCUGGUGGAAAAGGGGAUUUUCACCCCGAAUCCAGCGGCCUGCACUGCCUUGGGCACGAGCAUCUGCUGCCAGCUCCUGCCCCAGCGGCUCGGGAGAGGCGUUGGGAGCUUCACACCGAGUCAAGGAACGCGGCGUGUACAGAAUAUUUUGUAUAUAGCAGAUGUACAUGAGCUAUUUAUACAAAGCAUCUCUCAGCGUGGAUGGGGUGUGCUCUCCUGCAAGGGCUUUACUGCAUUUGGGUAUCCAUCAAAACAGGGAAGCCGUGGAAUUCGGGGUUUGGCUUGUUUUCAAAGGGGUUGCCUGUGGAUAAAGCGUCUCUGGGAAGAACUGCUGGACUUUGCUGCUCCUUUAGGACUUUUCGGGGUUUUUUUAUUAAUUUUAUCACAGCCUCUGAGACCUGAGCACUCACCUGCCACGGGAAAGCGCCUCACAAAACCACCACUGCCUGCUGGGUGAGCUGGAGGGCUGCCCAGACAUCCCACUGCCCCCCUGCCACGCGCUGCUCUCCCACCCAGCCCUGACCACCUGGAGGAAGCUUGAACUGCAGGAAGGCACAGCUGAGGAGGCCAGAGGCUGUGCUGGUGUCAGAUCCAGAAGUGCUGCCCAAAAUGGGGCCGAUGCAAGGCUGGGACAGCUCCAGCUCAUCCCUUCUGAGCUGUCCUGGCGCCUGUCAGGCCCAGCUGAUGCUGCCAACACCUUGCUGCUCACCUUGGGGAGCAGAGGUGGCCAAUGUCCCUAAUAAACCUGUGUGUGAUCAGAAAGUGCCACGUGGUACAGAUUUAUGUCACAGUCAGGUCAAUAAUAAAUGCCCCUAAAUAUUUAAAAAAACAAAACCAAGAGGGGUUUAAAACAAAGAGUUCUGAGAGGAAGGAUGAGGCAGGUCAGGUCUGUCCCCCCUAGAAAAUAGAAAAUUUGAUCAGCACAGGCAAAGUCUUCCAUGGAGCAGCCUGGGAUGGUGGAAGGUGACCCUGCCUGUGACAAGGGGAGGAACAAGGAGAGCUUUAAGGUGCUUUCCAACCCAAAGUGUUCCAUGGUUCUGUAACUGCCAGCUCUUCCUGCAGGCACGAAGAGGGAAUAUGGAAUUCCUGGUGCUCCCGUGUUUGCUGGCAGCCUUGAGCCAGCCCCAGGUGCAGCCAGGCAGCCCCAGAGGGUCCCCCCAGCCCCAGCUGCUCGGGCUGGGCACUUCCACCUGCAGAUGUUUGACUUUAAAGGCAGCAAGGAGGAGAGGAGGGGGAGAUAAAAGGGUCAGCCGAGCUCCUGCCCAAAUUAAAGCUGUGUUUUCAUCCCUGUGCUCUUCUCCUCUGACCACUGUCUCACCCAGGGCUGAUGCCAGCUGUUUACUGCUCUGACUGCUCAGCACCUGCGUGGUGCAAGUCCCAAGGGAAACCUCACCUUGUUCAUCUAAUGAGAAAGGAGGAAAGCAUUAAGGACUCUCUCAAAGCAUUUUUGCCCUGAAACAGAACCUAAACAUUUCUUAAAACCAGAUUGUUUUGGAAACAAAAGGCUUCUCUUCCAAUCCUUGGCUUUAGUCAGAGCCACUGUGUGCUGGUGUCAUGAAGGCUGAGUUCUGUUCAGAUUUCCAAGGAGAAAUCUCACUCCCAAAGAUUCCUUAUCAGCCUGUGACGUGGUGAUGCUCGCAAACAGGAGCUGGUAUGAAGUGGGAGCAAAAGAGAACAAAUUAAAACAACAGCCAGAGAGCAGCAGGGUCAUUCCUCUGGGCAUCAACCCCACAUUUCUGUGCCCUUCCUGGAGCUGCCAGAUGCUCUGGGCUGAAUCACUCACCACAGGCAAGCCCCAUUCCACGAGCUGUUUCAUCCUGCCAGGGGAAUAUGGAAUUUUACCUGCUGGAUCUGUUUGUAGCCCUUAGAAACGGAGCUGUUUAUGCCCCAGGGCUG